CUCCACCGGUCAUGGUGGAAAAACUGUUGACGGCACUCUCGCGCCGCUUGUUCCUCCUGUGAUCGCAGAACUUCUUAGCUUCAGAGAUGGAACCGUUUCACAAGGAUUUCGUCCGAUGCGGGGUUGCUUCGCCCAAGAAGAGUGCAGCGAACAGUUACAGGUGCGCCGCUGCUCUGUUUCUGUUUGUCGACAGAGAGACGACGACAACGGUGCCUGAAAAUGGCACUCUCGCGCCGCUUGUACCUCUUAUGAUCGCAGACCUUCUUCGCUUCGGAGACCGAACCGUUUCACAGGGCUUCGUCCGAUGGGUUGCUUCGCCAGGAAGAGUGCAACACACAGUUACGGGUGCGCCACUGCUCUGUUUUCGUUUGCCGACAGAGGAACGACGACAGACCUUCCUCUUCUAUUUCUCGAAGGUUACGUGCAGAUCUGGUUUCCCAAUCAAAACGAUGUCUUUGUUCUGAGGUUGUAGUGUUUGCCACCGGUGUGAUUGUUCGGAUAAACGCCAGAGGCCACUUUCUAGUACCUUGAAAUCUUUGCCGAUGAUUAAAUGGGCAUUCAAUCCGGUUUGUGGUUAGAGGGUUUUCUCUGAUACGGUUGUUUAACAGGAAGAAAGUAAUAUCAAUACCUUACCGUCGUCGAAGAAGAUACUACAUAGUGGUCAUCGCGAGGGAAGGCAACACCCCCUUGUCGUCGCCGGAGAAGAAGGAAUAGCAAUGCAUUUUAUGGUGGACGAUGGAGACUGAACAGGGGAUGGGGGGGCUUGAACAGGGGAUCACGGUUGUCGUCGCCAAGGAGCUUCAAUAGUGGCUCACGGUGGACGGUGGAGACUGAAUGGAGAAAUUCAACAGUUGCUCACGGUUGACGGUGGACACUGAAAGGAGAUCUCCAACAGUGGUUCGUUGACGGCAAGUUUGAACCUGGGAGAUCGUUGAUGGCGAGUUUGAACUUGGGAGAUCGUUGACGGCGAGCUUACUGUGAGAUCACUGAUGGUGAACUUCGGUGUCCUUGUUCCCCUUCCCUUUUUCCCUUCGACUGUAUUAACACUCAAACACAAUGGGCGAAAUGGUCAAUAAGUAUAGAAAAGGGUAAUUUUGCCAUUUUAAAAAAAUUAUUCACACUUGACAUCACGUGAUGUUAUUGACUGACGGUCGACUAACGGGACUUAUCAAAAACAAAUUAAAAGUCCAAGUCUGCAAGAUACUGCAGAGACACGUUUAAAAAUUCGGAAAUUGAUAAGAGAGAGACAACCCUAAAAGUUCAGGAUACUGUUCAGAAUUUUUUCCUAAAGACAAAAAGACUACUUAACAAUACUGGCCUGAGAUUGUCAAUGCUGUGAGUUUGGUAGAACUUCCAUGCCUGUCUGUUUCAUCUUUUUAGCAACUUUCUUUUGAUCUCUAGGGUCUGUUUCUUUCUAAGGGCGAUUGUCUUCCUCCAUCUCCUCGUCCAGAUCUUCUAAACUCAGAAAAGAAAUUGAGGAGGAUGGUGGUCUCUGGCGAUGGCGGAGAUUCAUCUGGAAUACUGAUAAAAUCGGAUUAUGAUCGGAUGAAAGAAUUAAAGGAAUUCGACGACUCUAAAGCUGGCGUAAAAGGACUAGUAGACUCUGGCCUGGUGAAGGUUCCUCGUAUAUUCAUCCACCCACCUGAAGAGUAUGAUGGUAGGUCAGUUUCCAAUCAGACCCACUUCACAAUUCCGGUCAUAGACCUAGAUGGCAUCGGCAAAGAUGCUAUUCGACGCAGGGAGAUUGUCGAGGAAGUUCGGAAUGCAUCAGAGAUGUGGGGCUUCUUUCAGGUGGUGAAUCAUGGGAUCCCUGUAAAUGUUUUGGAUGAGAUGCUUCAAGGGGUGCGUGGAUUCUACGAACAGGACAUUGAAGUGAAGAAAAAGUUCUAUACACGUGAUUUGAGGCGCAGACUGGUGUAUAAUAGCAAUAAUCAAUUGUAUCAAUCACCAGCAGCUAAUUGGAGGGACAGUUUCUAUUGCUUCAUGGCUCCGGAGCCUCCUCAGCCAGAAGAUUUGCCUGCUGUGUGUAGAGAUAUAAUGAUGGAAUACUCCAAACAAGUGAAAAAAUUAGGGAUUUUCUUGUUUGAAUUACUGUCUGAGGCUUUGACACUUAAGUCAGAACACCUGGUAGACAUUGGGUGUGCCGAGGGGCAUGCGUUGCUGACCCACUACUAUCCAUCAUGCCCAGAGCCGGAAUUGACGAUGGGUACCAGUAAGCAUGCAGACAAUGAUUUCCUUACUGUGCUUCUACAAGACAACAUCGGUGGCCUCCAAGUCCUUCGUGAAAAGCAGUGGGUCGAUGUUCUACCGAUGCCUGGAGCUUUGAUUGUCAAUGUUGGAGAUCUUCUACAGCUUAUCUCAAAUGAUAGAUUUAAAAGCGUAGAACACAGAGUACUCGCAAACCGCAUCGGCCCCAGAGUAUCGGUGGCGUGCUUUUUCACCACACCUGUAAAUCAGGCAUCCGGGAAGUUGUAUGGGCCGAUCAAGGAGCUGUUGUCAGAAGAAAAUCCACCCAUCUACAGGGAAAUCACGGUCCAAGAGUAUAUUCAACACAUCAUUGCAAAAGGACUUGACGGGAACUCAUUGACACGUUUCAAAUUGAAGAUGUUCGGGCUCAUGGAGGAACCUUAAACAAAAGCUGGAUGAUGCCAAUCCACCUGUAGUGCCCGUCUAAGAGGGCUAAAGCACAUGAACUUCUGGCUUUCGAGGCGGGGCCUCACACCUACAGCCCAGAUUUUUUGCUGUUGGUCGGUAUUUGAAGGGCUGUCUGCUUCACAGCUUAUUUGAAUAGCUCAUCUGGAGCACUUAAAAGCAACUGAAUCAGCUUAGGUCUUAAACUUUUAAUCUUUAAUUUAGUGCCUAUUUGGGAGGGCUGGAGCACAACGGCUAUUAGCUUUUUAAGGUGUUUUGCACAUGGGCAGCCUAAAAGUUAUGUAGAGAACCUAAAUUGACUGAACCAGCUUAACUAAGUCUUUAGUUCAAUCCUCCCAAACGGACCCUUAGUCAGAUGGUUGACUGGCUAUUGGCACUUCACAUCCACUCCCAUGCAAUAGGUGUUGGGUUUGGAACAAGGGAAUUAUUUUAUUAGUGAAGCUGUGGCCGGCCUAGGAUGUGAUUGGUAGAAGUAAUUGAUUAACCUGACUCAUUUGGUCUGACAUGGUGGGUCAGGUCUAUCAUCUAUGGUUUUAGAUUAAUUCAGAACAAUGUUUUAAAUCAAGAAGGGUUUGUCAGCAAAUCUUGUAGUUGGUUA